CCCCAGCGAGAGAGAGACUCGGAGGAGCCAGCGGUGCCUUCGGCCCAGACGCCGCCUCCCCUGCAGCCCGCGGCAUCAUGGAGCCCCCGGGCCCGGGCCGGGCCUCCCGCUCCCGCCCCCUCUCGGGCCCCGGCCCCGGCCUCCUGCUCCUGGCGCUGCUGCUCGGGGGAGCCCCAGGCGCCCAGACGGAGAUCCGCGUCUCAGCACCCCCCGUGGUGGAAGUCCUGAAAGGGGACCCCGUGACCCUGAACUGCUCCCUCUCGGGGGCUGGAAGCAAGGAACACGUAACCCUGAAGUGGUUUGUUACGGACCGCUCGGGAAACAGCUCUCCGCUGGUCGUCGCCGCGGGGAGAACGGGAGCUCUGAAGAGAAACGAGGCCCCCGACGUGAAGCCGAGCGCUGCCUUUCAUCUGCAUCCCAACGGGUCCCUGCAGCUGCUCUCCGCGGAGAUGGGCGACGAGCGGGACUACACGUGCCAGGUCCUGAGCGGGACCACGGAGCAGGGCCGGGCUACCAGCCACCUCCGAGUCUUUGUGGCCCCCGAGCCCCCAGAGGUCACCCCCAACAGAGGAACGAUUUCAGUCGUGGACGAUAAAGCUCAUGAGAUAGCCACCUGUACCAGCCGAAAUGCCAAUCCUGCCCCCAGCAUCAGCUGGUACCGGGACGGGCAGGCCCUGCAGAUCCCUACAGAGCUGAACGGGGAGCUCUACGCCGUGAGCCGCACCGUCCGAGAGGCCUCCGGGCUCCAGUCCCUCACCAGCAUCCUCUACCUUCGGCCCAAGAAGUCCGACCGCGACGUCGCCUUCCACUGCAGGGCCACCUACCAGCUGCCCGGUGGCCAGCAGGGCCAGCAAGACGCUGCGCCCUUCUAUCUCACCCUGCACUAUCCCACAGAGAACGUGCAGUUCUGGCUGGCCAGCCCGGCGGCCACUGGCGGCUGGGUCCGAGAGGGGGACACCGUCAGCCUCCUUUGUCGGGGAGACGGCAACCCGGCUCCUGAGUACAUCUUCACCCUGGACCAGGAAAAGAAGGAGGAAAAGUCCCUGGAGACCAACACGAACGGCAACCUGACCCUGAGGGGCAUCUCCCGGGACCAGAGCGGCUCCUACCAGUGCGAGGUGGCCGACUUCGACGCCGACCCAGAGGUGGAGCUGGUGCGGAAGCUGGAGAUCCACGUGGGAUACCUGGACCCCCUGGAGCUAAGCCCAGGAGAGAACGUGACGGUGCCCUUGGGGGGCACCACAAAGCUGGGCUGCUUCGCCUCUGGGGACCCGACCCCCAAACUCUUCUGGACUAAGGAUUCCAUCCCCCUGGACCAAGGCCCCCAGUUCACCCUCACCAACGUCUCGUUCACCUCGGCCGGCGUCUACACCUGCGAGGCCUCGGUGCCCAAGCUACCCGGGCUCACCCGGACCCGGCACCUGCAGCUGUUUGUGCAAGGCGAACCAGAGCUGAAGCCAGAUGAAGUACAGCCUCAGGGCAGAAGCGGCUGGACGGAAGGGGAUGAAGUGACCCUCACCUGCUCUGCCCGGGGACACCCGACACCCAAGCUGAGCUGGACUCAUGACGGGGAGCCAGUUAACAGAAUCAUCGGUGGCUGGGUCCAGAGUUCACUGAAACUGAAGGUGAUGGGAACCGUGGCCAGGGAAGGAGUCACCUGCACGGCCUCCAACCCCCUGGGGAAUGCCCAGCACACCUUCCACUUUGAGGCAGUGGCCCCGCAGGCCCCCCAGGCAGGCGUGGCCGUGAUGGCAGCCGCCGUCAGCGUGGGACUCCUGCUCCUGGUUGUCGCUCUGUUCUACUGCAUGCGCCGGAAGGGCCGCUGCUGCCGUAGCCGGGAGAAGGUGCCCCCGCUGCCCCCGGAGCCUGAGUCGAGCCGUCCCGGCAUGGAUCGCCCAGAGCAGACGGGCCUGCUGUCGGCAGGCGGAGGCGGAGGGGGCGGCCGUGGAGGCCGUGGCUUUGGGGACGAGUGCUGAGACCAGGACUCUGGCCGGCCCUCAGCCCCACCUUCCGUCUUUCACCAGGCUCAGAGAGAGCUGUUCGCAGGUGGUGGGAGCGGGGGGCGGGGGGUACCCUCAAUCUGGUCCCAGCCACCUCUCCCCCCACGCUUCCUUCCCCCGCCUGAGACUCAGGAUUUGGGACCGGGCCUGGGCGGCCCGCCCUUCAGAGACGAGGACCUCCUCCCCCGGCCCCUGAAAUAUCCCCGGGUUCUUGGCCCGGGGCCUGGCCUGGGAGGAGGGGGUCAGUGGAGGAGCUAUUUUUACCAGCCUCUGAGGUCUGCCCUCCCUCCCUUCUACUGUAAAGUCUGACACUGGAUCCCUGCCCACCCCUCACCCUUCCUUCACCUUGGUCAGAAACACUGGAGACUAAAUAAAGGCCGUCCGGCAGCCCACCCA